AUGAUCAACAAAAAUGCCAGAUGCCUGAAGACCAUCAUCAUAAUAGUUGUACUAUCGACACACCACCAGGCUCACUCCAAAGGCCCACACAAUCUGACGAUAACCAUAGACAAUGAAAAUAGAACCUUCACAUUGGAAGAAAAAGCAAAGGAUAAAUAUUUGCCCAACCAACUGGGAAUUCGACCUGAAAGAAGAUUUUGUGUCACAGAAUGCUGCCUCCAACCCACCGAUAUCCAGAACAUUUUCAUAGUCCCGUGCUCAACUGAUGCCUGGAGCCUAACAUCCGUCAUUAUUAUAGCAAUAGACUGCCUCGGUGAUUGUACACUCAUCACUUGCGAUAUUGACAUUGAUUUUGCCGUGGACUUAGACAACAGAGGAGGUGGGGAAACUCUGAAACUGACUCUCGCGAAAAACUGACUCUACUACUUUGUGUAGAUACAUUAUAGAUAGUGGUUUACUGUUAAAAACUUUUUUCUUGUAAAAAAUUUCCAAAACCCUUGGCACAGAUGCUCUGAACUAUGCAUGAAGAUAUAUACCAUGUGA